AUGGGUGUGUUCGAUUCGAACGUACCGGGGGCAGAGUGGGAUCGACCCACGGAAGCUAAUCGAACGCACCCUAUGGUUGAAAAGAGAACGAUCGGACUUGUGCAAAAACAGUACAGCUUUAACGUUUAUGAGUCCGCUCUGACCACUGAUGACGCUGAGGAGGUUGAAGGAGUCGAUAUGGUGAAAAGCAAGGAUCAGUCUGAACCAGAACUUCAUAAUGGAAAGGGCGCCACCAAUGGACAUGCUAUGCACGUUGAGAUGGUUGAAAGCAAAGAACACUUCAUGGUUGAUACAGAUGCAGCCAUAAAAAGGUUGAAGAAAUUAGGGUUUAUCGACACACUCCUGAUGGGUUUCUCGUCCAUCAACAACGGCUCUAAGAUCUUGGAUACUAAACAGACUGCGGGAAGUCUAGCUUGUCUGAAUGGUAUUCGCGUCUUCAGUAUGUUCUGGAUUAUUCUAGGACACUCCAUCGAGUUUCAAUAUGGAUUAAUAGAUGACGUAAGGUACACAGUCGAUGUGAUAGUGCCAUCGUUUGCGUUUUCAUUCAUAAUCAAUUCUACGGUCUCUGUUGACAGUUUCUUCAUGCUAAGUGGACUGCUUCUGACUUACCUAACACUGAAACACAUGAAGAAAGUUAAUGGAAAGGUGAACUGGUUCAUCUUCUACUUCCAUCGGCUGUGGCGAAUCACCCCCACGUACAUGAUAGCAUUGGCCAUAUGUGCUACUCUGGCCAUACAUAUGGGUGAGGGAGCGACCAAAGUGUCCUUCUUUGAGAGAGAGGCGGAUCUUUGCAGGGAGCAAUGGUGGACAAAUCUGCUGUACAUCAACAACCUGUACCCAUUCCCCGGUAAUUUAGGUGCCCAGUGUAUUGGCUGGUCCUGGUACUUGGCUAAUGACAUGCAGUUCUUCAUCAUUAGUCCACCAAUAUUGUAUAUGUUGUAUAAGAAGCCUAAGAUUGGAUUGGCAGUGAUUGUAACUUUGUGCCUGGGAUCCUUUGGCAUAACGGCUUAUAUUGCUACGUACUAUGGGGUGUCCGUAUGGCUUCACCCAGCCUACAACAACAACACCCUGGUUGUGUAUGGAGAUGUUGGAGCUGAUAUUAUAUACGGAAAACCAUAUUGUCGUAUACCAGCUUACUUGGUAGGCAUGGUCGCCGGCUAUAUAAUCUACAAACAGAAUGGGAAACCAGUUAGGAUAAGCAAGCUCCUCAAUGGGAUUUUAUGGAUACUGGCCAUUGGUGUAGCACUGAGCGUGUUAUAUGGCCCGUACAGACAACCUGGGAACGAGCUUCCACAAUACGCCUCAGUCCUUUAUAAUGUCUUCGCCCGGUUUGCCUUUGCAUCCUUUGUUGCAUGGGUAGCGAUUGCGUGUAUCUUCGGAUAUGGAGGACCGGUGAAUACUCUUCUGAGCUGGGGGCUUUGGGCUCCUCUUAGCCGUAUAACCUUUGCUGCCUACCUUCUCCAUCCGAUGUUAAUUUUUGUCAUCUAUCUGACAGCACACACUCUUUAUCACGUCACCUACAUGCAAUGGGCCCUGACCUUCAUUUCUAAUACUGUGGUGUCAUACUUUGCUGCCUUCCUGCUCUCGCUGUUUGUGGAGGGACCGGUCAUGAGCAUCGAGAAAGUGUUGCUCGGUGGUUUAAAGAAACAAUGAGAAAGCAAAAUAAUGAGUGAUUCUUCUAGCUGAAAAAUUACCCGAAAAACAUUGUUUGACUCUUUCUCUUCAUAUUGCUA